CCCUCAUGGCGCCGAAAUCCUUUCCAUGCUGACAAGCCCGCCCUGGGCACACGAGUGGAUGCUUGGCCGGCCUUUCCUGGGAUCGACCCCGCCGCCGUGCGCAGCCCUCACAGCGUCCCCAUCCCACUCCACGCCUCACAGCCGGGAUUCCUGGCCAGCUUCGGAAGCCACCGAGAAAUAGGAUUCCGUGCGCCCGAGAGAACUUUUCCAGGGGCUAAGGAAUUGGCCAGCCGGAGGCGCGAGAAAAGUUCUGGGAAGGCGGUUGCACCUAGGAUGGGCGGAUGCCACGGGGCCUCUGUCCAGGCUGUCCCGUCAGGACAGGGCGACUGGUCACCUUGGAAUCCCCUUUGCAGGUCCCAGCGCCCCCCGGGAACCCGCAGCCUCCGCGGAGAGCGUGGGCCUCUCCCUGCCGCUGGGGCGCAGCGCAGUGCACGCCAGAAGGUGGUCGCGGGGGGCUGGGCACCGCCCCCAGUCAUGCGCCGCCGGGGGCUGCGGCGGCGCUGCCCGCCCCAGAGAGCCCUUGGCCUGGGGCUCCGGCGAAGCAAGUGCCUUCCCCGCGCCGGUCGCCAGGGGGGCGCGGGAGCAGCCAGAUGCGCCGCAGCGCUGGGAAGGCGGCGAAGGACAGGGGCUAGGGGAGUGAGGGGCGCUCGGUGGGCAGUCUCAGCCCGGGCCCUGCGCGGGAGAAGGGACAGCAGAGACCGCCCGUGGGGCCCCGGGGCUCAGGGAGCUGUCCGUUGAGCACUGGCGCCCGCCUCGCCCGCGGCAGAGGGCGGCACAGCCAGAGCCUUAGAAAGACCGGCAGCGCCGGCGGCCGCGGGCUUCUCGGCCACUACCUCCCGGACGCAAGGGAAGCCGCCCCCCGCGCCUCCGCCGCCGCACUGCCGCCGCUGCAGAGGGGUGAGGAAAUGAACUCACCGAGCUCUGGUCGCCGAGAAGAGGAGCACCGGACGCCGGCUCUCGCCCUGCCCGAGGCUGCAAAGUUGUGGACUCGGCCCGGCUGGCUCGCAGCCUGCGCUUCGCUUCGGGAACUGGGCAGGUAGCGGGGAUGUGGGGAAGAGGGAGCGGGCAGCUGCUGUUUUCCCACUUGGGCGCCAGCGAGUAGGGGCAAGGAAGCGGCGGGGACGGCAACUGGGCACCCCCCAGCCCCGCCACCCCUCCCUCCGUUCCUGGGGGCGGUGCUCUGGCCGCCAGUCUCAGCAUUGUGGACUUGCCCCCUCCUCCCCCCUCGAUUCCCCUUGAGCGGGCUGGGGCGCUCUGCCUGGUUUCAGCUGCCCGUUCCAGCUGGGAGAUUGAGAUUCAGCCCUGAUGUGGAUUCUCCAGCCAUUAUCCUGCCUUUCCCUCUCGGCUAUGUCCCACGACCUCCCUGCUCUCCACUCGGACUGAAGGAACCCUGGGGCUUUGAGAGGUCGGCUUGCCAGGGCAACACCCGUGAAGACCAGCGUCAUCUCCUCGAAAGGGCUGUGUACAGAGGAUUGGGAGUUGGGACUCUGGAGCCUGUCUACCUGGGUUUAAAUAUUCACCAUUCACUACUGUGAGAUCUCAGAUUCCAGUUUCUUCAUCUGUAAAUUCCAGUGUAAUCUUAGAUUCCAGUUUCCUCAUCUGUAAAACAGAGAUGUGAGGGUUAAAUGAAAAUCUAUGUAAAACCCUUAAACAGGGCCUGCCCAGGGCAAGCACUGCUUGAUUAGAUCAUAAUUAGAGACACUACUUAUCGCGCCCCUGCUAGGUAGCAGGCACUGCACUAAGCCUUUAGCAUAAGACGCUUCCUUAAUCCUCUCAGCCUGAUCUACGAAGCUGGCUGAGCCCCAUUCUGGGGAUGAGGAGGUUGAGGCUUAGAGAAGCUAAGUCGCAUAUCUAAGGUCAUACAGCCUUUAAGUGACAGAGCCUGGACUUGAACUUUGUUCUAGCGUUAAUGCUCCUGCCCUCGGCCUCCACACAACCCAGCAUCACCAUGGGACCCAUGGGCAGCUCUGAUUUGGGAGAAGGAAAGACAAUGGGAGUUUAUCCAGACACAGAGCUUGAACUUGGAGCUGCUUCUUCAGGCCCCACCCCCACCUUCCUAUUUCUAUUUCCUUCCCCUUCCAGGGCUCCGCUAUUCUAAGGUGGGUACCAUGAUGCACCAAGAGGGUAGUCACACCAGUGUGUAUCAAAUAGUGGGGGGCGGGGGGAGCAGAGCCUUAAAAACAUCAAACACUGCAGGAAUAUUGGUGCCAUCACCAUCCUCAAUUUCCUGGGUGUCAUAGCUCACCUACCUGCCCUGUUCCUCUCCUCUAGGUGAUGGCAUACUUAAUAAAUAAAUAUUUAUUGCUUUCUCAA